CGCCUGUUAGGUUCCUUCGAACCCCGAUGGAACCCAGGCACUGGGUUUCUUUUCCCUUUAGAACCCAGCGCUGGUUGGGUUCCUUCGAACCCCGAUGGAACCCAGGCACUAGUUUUCUCUUCCCUUUAGAACUCAACACUCAGCAUGCCUGGGUUCGAUGGAACCCAGGCAUGCUGGGUUCCUUCGAACCUAGGCGUUGGGUUCCUUGGAACCCAGCACGCCUGGGUUUAGAAACUCUCCAUUUUUACCUCCAGUUGCUCAGCCAUCGUAUUCCUCCCCACACAAAGAAGCAGAGGAAGAGGAGAGAUCGUCAUUGUCUUUACUCCAUCAUUUGCUUUUGCUUCUUCUUCGAUUCUCUCUCUCUUUCGCUAAAUUCCUCAUCAAUUUCCUAUUCAAGUAAGCUCUCUCGGUCGUUUAGCUUUGAGGCUUUGUCUUUCCGAUCUAAGAUUACAAUGGAUCAAUUUAUGUUUGGUUGAUUUGAUGAUUCUGUCACUCGUUUUGAUGUUUUUGUGCUAUUGAAAGUGAGAUCUGUGUGUACAUUGAAGAUCUUUGUUGUCGAUUUUGCAAUUUUAAUUUGUUCUGGCUUUAGUUGUUUUCAGUGAUUGCUUUAUUUGGUUUCUUGAUUUGGUUUUUUGGUCUUUGGAUCUAUGUUUUAUUAUGCUACUAUUGGCUAGUUGGAUUGUUU